AUGGCUUCACUUGUCGACUGGGGCACUGUUACUCGCGAUGACCCUCAUUGCGGAGUCUCUUGGGGCGACAUGCCAGAAGGCCUACAUCCAUGGAAUUGGCACAUUUCAUCCAACACUGUAUACAACAUAUGUGCCCUGCCUAAGCCAUUCAUAUCGACUUCAUCCUCCAACCACUGCGAAAAUGACGAUAUUACGGGAAGCAUACUGAACGAUGAGGGACUGUUCAAUGCACCGCUCGCAGGAUCUCUGCUCAGCGCAGGCGGCGUCGGCGAAGAAGAUUUACAACUCGAUAGCAGAGCACAUCAAGAAUGCCUGUGCGACGAGGCAACCUUGGGCAUUGUGCAAAAUGACAAAGGAAGCUUGAGCGCUACCACCGAAUGGAUGCCAAGCUCAACUCCACUUGAGUCUGAACCUGGACCACGGGCGAUGGCCAAGAUCAGCACUAGCAUCCAGCCCCGCACGAACUCGGGUACAGAAAUCGAGGGGAAGAAAAGAAACAGACGGAAGCGCAGUGUCAAAAAGAAUGCGAGAAGGACCAAGACUGGACUCAACAGGCAAGAAAAAAGACAUUACACCAAGGUCUUGGAGAGGAACCGAAGGGCUGCGGCGAAUUGUCGUGCGCGCAAGCAAGAGCAACAAGACAAGCUGAAUGCCGAGGUGGAGAAGCUCCAGGACCGGCACAAAGAAUUAUCUGCUUCCUGCAACGAGCUGAGGGAAACAGCUUACCAACUAAAGCUCCAGCUGCUGAGGCACGGCGACUGCGGAUGCACCCUCAUCCAGCGAUACAUCGCGAAUGAAGCAGUCAAUUCUGUCCAAAGUCUGAUUUCGAGACAUUCUCCAUCCAGCAGCCCCAACAGCACCACCAUCGGGAACUUCGCUGUAGGAGGACUGGGCGGAAACAACGGAUGGGAUAAACCACAUGGCAUGUCCCCAUGA